UGGAAUAUAUGUAUACGGUCUAUGAAGUAAACAGAGUUUAUGAAAAUAGACUGAGACAAUAAAGAAGACUGCCUUCUUUCCUGGUGACUGUCGCGUCAGAAAUGGGAACUAUGUUAAUCCAGCUGCUGGGCUUCUUCCUUGGCCUUCUGGGAUUGCUGGGGGCCAUGGUUGCCACGGUGAUGCCGCACUGGCGCCGCACCAUGUCGGUGGGCUCCAGCGCCCUCACCGACACGGCCUACAUGAAGGGCCUGUGGAUGGAGUGCGUGUGGCACAGCACGGGCGUCUACCUGUGCGAGCUCCACCGCUCGCUCCUGGACCUGCCCCGGGACCUGCAGGCCGCCCGGGCCCUCAUGGUGCUCUCCUGCCUCGCCUCCGUGCUGGCGGCGGCCGUCUCCUCCGCGGGCAUGGAGUGCACCAGCUGCGCCCGCGGGUCGCCCGCCAAAACCGCGCUGGCGGCGGGCGGGGGGGCGUGCUACGCCGUCGCCGGCCUCCUCUGCCUGGUGACCGCGUCCUGGACCACCAACGACAUCGUGCGGGAGUUCUCCAGCCACCAGCUGCCCGGCGGCGUGAGGUACGAGAUCGGCCAGGCCGUCUAUGUGGGCUUCGUCUCGGCCGCCUUCAGCAUCGCGGGCGGGGCCGUCCUCUGCCUGUCCUGCGGGAAGUCCCCCAAGCACUCCCUCUGCCGUCAGAAGACCCACGAUGCACUGCAGCUGCUCCCCAUUAAGUACCAGCCCCCGGUGGCUGAAACGGGGACCGACCUUCCCCCUGGAUUGUCCGACUCUAUUAGCGGAUACAAACUAAACGACUACGUGUGAGCAGGGCUGGACAGCCUCUGUUGUCAGAGAGAUGUAAUUGCUUGAAUCUUCAGUCGCAGUUUUUUUGAAAGCUGUUCUACGAGUGAGUUUUACCUGCAUUAUCAGAUGCCUGCUUUUAGCACCUUUCUCAUCUUUAUGUCAUUAGUGCAGUCCUCUUAGACUUGGACAUUGACAGCAAUGCAGUAAUCCUCUUAUUUCUCACUAGGAGAUAUUUAGCACUAAUAUAUUUGUCUUCCAUUGUCAUUCACAGGGAAAGCAUUUAAUACUGAAGCUAUCAAACAAUAUUUUUGUUGCCUGGAUUGCAGGUUCAUGUACCAUAUAAAAGGUGGGAAUGCUGGUGGAAGAAAUGGCUGUAUAUUGUUAUUUGCUUCAUUAUUGCAGCCGUGUUUGAAGUAUCUUUGACCGUGUUUGCCUUAUCAAUCUUCUUAAAAUAACCGUUCACUCUACAAAUUAGGCGAGAGGUAUCAUUCUUCUAUCAAUCUAUCUUAAUUAUCAAAAUUUGAAUUAAUAGUGGGGUAAACUAUAAACUGGUAAAUAUGCCCAUGCCUUUUAAAUGUUGAUUUAAUUAAUAUAGAAAUUGAAAGUAUGUACAGUAUAUUCAUAAGUAUGCACAUCAAAUAAAUGUAUUUCUGACACCAACCGUAUAGCCAGUUGUCUAACAAAUAAAAACAAUCUGAUUAUG